GUUGUCGGGCGUUCUAUAAAUAUUUUUAUGCUAUAUGCUAUACUAAUUGUGACGUCGCAAGUUUGCUUAAAUUUUUGGUGACGGUGGUGCAAUUGCUAUUUUCGGUGUAAUUUGCGUAGGCGCACGCUUGUAAUAAGACACUUUGUUAAGUUCCAAAUUUCGAAAAAUGUUUGAGCUCUCAAAACUAUUUUCGCUGAGACGACCUCAGGGCAGCAGCAAAAUGGAUCGCUAUGAGAAGUUAAGUCGGCUUGGCGAGGGUUCCUAUGGAGUUGUAUACAAAUGUCGCGAUCGCGAAACAGGCGCUUUGGUAGCAGUCAAACGUUUUGUGGAAUCCGAAGAUGAUCCGGCCAUUAGAAAAAUAGCUUUACGUGAAAUUCGGCUGCUAAAGAAUCUGAAACAUCCAAAUCUGGUCUCACUACUGGAGGUAUUCCGGCGCAAACGACGUUUGCAUUUGGUAUUUGAAUUUUGUGAGCUGACAGUGUUACACGAAUUGGAGCGACAUCCACAAGGCUGUCCGGAGCAUUUAACCAAACAGAUCGUCUACCAGACAUUGCAGGGGGUGGCUUAUUGCCACAAACAGGGUUGCCUGCAUCGUGACAUCAAACCAGAGAAUAUACUGUUGACAGCGCAGGGACAAGUGAAGCUGUGCGAUUUCGGUUUUGCGCGCAUGUUGAGUCCUGGCGAGAAUUACACAGACUAUGUGGCCACCCGCUGGUAUCGUGCGCCUGAGCUGCUAGUCGGCGAUACGCAAUAUGGCACUGCAGUGGAUGUGUGGGCAAUUGGCUGCCUCUUUGCGGAAUUGGUGCGCGGCGAGGCGUUGUGGCCGGGUCGCAGCGAUGUGGAUCAGCUGUAUUUGAUACGCAAGACAUUGGGCGACCUGCUGUCAAGGCACAUACAGAUUUUCUCACAAAAUGAGUAUUUCAAGGGCAUCACAUUGCCGGUACCACCAACGCUCGAACCGCUAGAAGACAAAAUGCCCGCUAAAUCCCUACAAAAUCCGCUCACCAUUGACUUUCUCAAAAAAUGCCUGGACAAAGAUCCGGCCAAGCGUUGGUCCUGCGAAAAGCUCAUCAAACACUCAUACUUCGAUGAUUACGUUGCCAAACAACGUGAACUGGAGCAUGUUAAUAGCCUAGAGGCGGCCGCACUCCAACGUCAACAGCAAUUUGUGCAGCAACAGCAACAGUUGCAGCAACAUUUGAUGCUGCAGCCGCAUAGCCAACAAUUGCAGCCACAAUCACAACAGCACACACCACUGCAGGCGCAGCAGCAGCAGCAGCAACAACAACAGCAGUUAUCACAACAACAACAACACACCCCACUGCUGCUGGCAGCGCAAGCGGCGCGUGACAAAUCCAAGACUUCAAAUACAUCGCUUCCAUUGCUGACCAACACUCAGCUGUCGCACCAUCAUCAGGACUACGUGAAGCUGCAGCCGAUUAAUAAGAAUGCCACAUUGCUCCAUCGCACCGAACACCAUUUGCCAACGAUAUAGUGUGGCGCAACGUGACUUAGUAGCAAAUAAGUGACAACUAGGCUGGCUGGUUGGUUGGCUGGCCGUUCGAUUGUUUGGCUGAUUGGCAGGCUGCUGUGGCAAUACUGGUUUGGCAAAUGUGGCACAAUGCUCAUGCUGGACGGUGGGCGACCAUCAGCCGGUUGCAACUGCACUCUUUUGUGAUUGAUAAGAAUAUCCGUGGCUGUCGCAGCGCUUAAUUGGGGAAUUUAAAGGCAAACGGAAUUCAGC